AUGUACUUCUUCCUCUCACACCUGGCCAUUGUUGACAUGGCCUAUGCCUGCAACACGGUGCCCCAGAUGCUGGUCAACCUCCUGAGCCCAGCCAAGCCCAUCUCCUUUGCUGGCUGCAUCACACAGACCUUUCUCUUCUUGAGUUUCGCCCACACUGAGUGUCUUCUCCUGGUGGUGAUGUCCUAUGAUCGGCUGCCCUUCUGUGGGCCUCACGAAAUCAACCACUUCUUCUGUGAAAUCCUGUCUGUCCUCAAGCUGGCCUGUGCUGACACCAGGCUCAACCAAGUGGUCAUCUUUGCUGCUUCCGUGUUGGUCUUGGUCGGGCCCCUCAGCCUGGUGCUGCUAUCCUACGCGCGCAUCCUGGCCGCCAUCCUGAGGAUCCAGUCAGGUGAGGGCCGCGGAAAGGCCUUCUCCACCUGCUCCUCCCACCUCUGCGUGGUCGGGCUCUUCUUUGGCAGUGCCAUCGUCAUGUACAUGGCCCCCACGUCCCGCCACCCUGAGGAGCAGCAGAAGAUCCUUUUUCUGUUUUACAGUUUCUUCAACCCCAUGCUGAACCCGCUGAUCUACAGCCUGAGGAAUGCAAAGGUCAAGGGUGCCCUGAGGAGAGCACUGUUCAUGGAGAGCCAUUUCCUGUUGGAGUGA